AUGACUAUCAUUGAGCACCCAGAAACAAAGCCUGAAUGGUGGAAAGAAGCUACUAUUUACCAAAUCUACCCAGCAAGUUUCAAAGACAGCAACAACGAUGGAUGGGGAGACUUGAAGGGUAUCACGUCGAAAUUGGGAUAUUUGAAAAAAUUGGGAGUUGACGCCAUUUGGGUGUGUCCAUUCUACGAUUCGCCUCAGCAGGACAUGGGCUAUGACAUUUCAAACUACGAAAAAGUCUGGCCGACCUACGGAACUAACGAGGACUGUUUCGAGCUGAUCAACAAAACGCACGAACUGGGAAUGAAGUUUAUCACCGAUUUGGUCAUCAAUCACUGCUCCACCGAGCACGAAUGGUUCAAAGAGAGUCGGUCCUCCAAGACCAACCCGAAGCGGGACUGGUUUUUCUGGAGGCCUCCUAAGGGCUACGACAGUGAGGGACGUCCAAUCCCGCCCAACAACUGGAGAUCGUUCUUUGGGGGGUCUGCGUGGAGUUUUGACAACGAAACCAACGAGUUUUUCUUGCGCCUGUUCGCCUCAGAGCAGCCCGAUCUCAACUGGGACAAUGACGACUGCAGAAAGGCAAUCUACGAAAGUGCAGUCGGGUACUGGCUCGACCAAGGCGUUGACGGGUUCAGAAUCGACACCGCAGGCCUGUACUCGAAACGUCCGGGUCUACCAGACUCUCCCAUUUUUAACGACCAGAACGAGUUCCAGCACCCAAAUUGGGGCUCUCACAACGGUGCUAGAAUCCACGAAUUUCACCAAGAGUUGCGUCGCUUUAUUGAUGACAGAGUCAAGGAUGGUAGAGAAAUUAUGACAGUGGGUGAGGUCGCUCAUGGGAACGAUAAUGCUUUAUAUACCAGUGCUGCUAGACGUGAAAUGAGCGAGGUUUUCGGAUUUGCACAUGUGGAUAUUGGAUCAAGCCCCCAUUUCCGGUAUGAAACCGUGCCAUUUACGCUGAAGGAGUUCAAACAAGCCGUUGCUGAGAGUUUUGAGUUUGUCAACGGCACGGACACAUGGUCAACGAUUUAUCUCGAAAAUCACGAUCAACCCCGCAGCAUCACAAGAUUUGGCAGCGACUCACCCAAAUACCGUAACUUGUCCGGAAAGCUCUUGGCUUUGUUUCAAGGUUCAUUGACAGGAACGUUGUAUGUGUACCAAGGACAAGAGCUAGGACAAAUCAAUCUGAAAGACUGGCCAAUCGAGAAAUUCGAGGACGUUGAUGUCAGAACCAACUACGAGAUAAUCUCGAAGAAGUAUGGCAAGGAGUCGGAGCAGAUCAAGUCCUUCUUGCGUGGGAUUGAUCUAUUGUCAAGAGAUCAUUCUAGAUCUCCCAUGCCGUGGUCUUCAGAGAGCCCCAACGCGGGAUUCUGUGGUGCCGAGACCGAGCCAUGGUUUUUUUUGAAUGAAAGUUACGAACAAGGAAUCAAUGCAGCAGACGAGGAAUCAAACCCUGAUUCUGUUCUCCAUUUCUGGAGAAAAGUCUUGGCAACGAGGAAAAAGCAUAAAAAUGUCAUGGUAUAUGGAUACGAUUUUGAAUACAUUGACUUGGAUAAUGACAAGCUCAUUAGCUUCACCAAGAAGUUCGAAGACAAAAAGUUGUUUGCCGCGUUGAACUUCAGUGACGAAGAGAUCAAGUUUAACCUCCCGGAAGGAGCUUUAUCCUCAACCCUCAUUUUGGGUAAUUAUGAUGAAAUAGACCAGUCAUCCCGGGUCCUGCAACCAUGGGAAGGAAGACUAUAUUACGUUGAUUAG